AUGGUAGUGUAUAUUGUUUACGGAUUUCGCUGGUCGAGGGUUGGCACACUAGCUGCACCUGGAAUUCGCCCACAUAUCGUGAUAAACGACCUUCUAGACGCCGCAUCGGACUAUAUCCAAGAGCCACGCACGGCUGGAGAAGUAUUAAAAUCGUUUGAGCGAAUCGAUCCCAGUAUACCGGCUCAUCUCCCGGACCUUGCACUGAUAGAGCAAUAUGAUCCAGACGACACCAGGACUUCCACCCUCUGCCAGCCGUAUGCGUUUGUUUGCGCGAAGGUGGUUCCAAUUGGAGAUAGUUCUGCACCACAAUUCACUUCAUUUCUAAGCCUUGACCUGGAAGAAUUCAUUAGUAAAGGCCCUGGGCUAUCCUCGGAGGCAUUGGCAACGUUUUCGACUUUGCGGGAUGUUCUGGGUCCUGGCGAGAAGAUUGGAUGGUGGAUAGUGUAUAACGGGGACCCGGAAAGAUUUUCUGCAGCCACGGAGGAAGAGUUAGAACAUAUUGAAAGCAGUGACGACGAGGUGGAAGAAAUUAAUGAUAAAAGCGGCCCACCUCUUACUCGAUCUGUUAAACCACCCACUGUACCGCCGAAGCCCAGGCUUAAUCUUCCUACAAGGGCCAAAAAUUAA